AACCUCCUUGGUUUGACUGUGCGAGCAGAGCGUGUGCGGCGGUAAUGGCUGCCAGGGAGAGUGAGGAAGACAACAAAUGAACCCCUGAGAAACGAUUCAAAGUGAGGACUAGGAUGGUAAGCAGCCAGCCGAAAUACGAGCUGAUCCAGGAGGUGGGGCGUGGCAGUUACGGCGUGGUUUAUGAGGCAGUAGUGAAGCGAACUGGCGCACGGGUGGCGGUGAAGAAGAUCCGCUGCCACUCUCCAGAGAAUGUGGAGCUGGCCCUGCGCGAGUUCUGGGCCCUCAGCAGCAUCCAAAGCCAGCACCCAAACGUCAUCCACCUGGAGGAGUGUAUCCUGCAGCGGGACCAGCUGGCCCAGAGGAUGAACCACGGCUCCAGCUCCCCGCUCUACCUGGAGCUGGUGGAGACAUCUCUGAAAGGCGAAAUCACAUUUGACCCGUGCUGUGCCUACUACUUGUGGUUUGUCACGGACUUCUGCGACGGGGGUGACAUGAAUGCCUACCUGCUGUCCCGCAAGCCCAGCCGCAAGACCAACACCAGCUUCAUGCUGCAGCUGGGCAGUGCCCUGGCCUUCCUGCACCGCAACCAGAUAAUACACCGCGACCUCAAACCAGACAACAUCCUCAUCUCCCAGGCUUGCACGCCAACCGGUUCGUCCGAGCCCACCCUCAAGGUGGCCGACUUUGGCCUGAGCAAGGUCUGCUCCACCUCCGGGCUCAACCCCGAGGAGCCGGCCAGCGUCAACAAGUGCUUCCUGUCCACAGCUUGCGGAACAGACUUUUACAUGGCCCCAGAGGUCUGGGAGGGUCACUACACAGCCAAAGCAGAUAUCUUCGCCCUGGGGGUGAUUAUCUGGGCCAUGGUUGAGCGCAUCACGUUUGUGGACGUGGAGACUCAGAAGGAGCUGCUGGGGAGCUAUGUGCAGCAGGGCUCAGAGAUUGUACCCUUAGGGGAGGCCCUGCUAGAGAACCCAAAGAUGGAGCUGCUGAUCCCCGCCAGGAAAAAGAGCAUGAACAGCCACAUGAAGCAGCUGAUCAGGGAGAUGCUGUCGGCCAACCCUCAGGAACGGCCCGACGCCUUUGAACUGGAGCUCAGACUGGUUCGUAUCGCCUGCAGAGAGCUGGACUGGGACACGUGAUGGACGAGCAAUCUGGCACCACAGACUCAGCUGAUCCAAGCACAUGUGCACAUCUCAUCAGCUACUGUUAAACUAUGUGGUCACAUAACAGGGGAUUAUUGUUUUUUAACUAGGGAACAAUAAUUAGAAUAGUUAUUGUUUGUAUCAUGGCUUACACUUCAUCCACUGUCCAAGCACAUACAGUCCUCUACUAGCUGUGUCUUUAUAUCGAAGGGGAGAGGUGCGACACUCACCGCUGCUGCUGCUCAAAACUGCAGCAUAGUCUCAGGCUAAUCACAUCACAGCUUCCACUUUCUCCUUUCAGAGUCACUCAAGCAUGAUGGAAGAACAAAAUGACCCCAAAAGUCCUGGAUUCAAUUAAACUUGAAAGUCAAAGUGACAGUCAGACAGUUUGUCUACAAAUGCCAUCUUGGACUCGGUGCUAAUUGUGACUAAAUGCAAUAUGAGACAUUAUCCUGUGAUAAUUACAGCGUACAUUUAUCCAAAGGGCCAAUAUUAAAACACGAUCACCUCAAUACGUGGAAUGUUUUUUUGAAGCCGUCUGCGGCUUUGACAGAACCUGACUCACAAACUGACUUCAGCCUGGUACAUGAUCACCAGCACUGAUAUUUACGUCAAGAUUUGAUUCUGUUUUGGCAUCAAAUGCAGAUAUGCCCUGAAUGCUCAGGUAAUAACAACAUACAGCAUAAUGCUAUUUGUAGACAAACUAUCUACUGACAAGGUCCAUUUUGCUCAGUAGUCUUGGAGCGGAAAAAAACAAAACUUUGGUGCUUUUUUUCUGAAGGCUGCUUCAUUGGUUGUGUGGGUGGGGGAUAUUUUAUCAGUAAGCGUCCAGCCAGCAGGUGCUUGUGGUUGGUGUUUUCCUCUCACAGACUCCAAGAUAAGUUGAUUGGUGCCAGACACACCCCUGACCAGUAUAACAGAAUGUAUAACGAUCAUAACAGGUCACCUUUGCGCAUAUAGAGCCUUAAACACAGAGAAACAAGUUUAAUGAUAAAGCGCUUUACACAGUCAAUCAGUAAGAGAGCCCAAAGGAUCCAGUAAUUCUGCUUCACUGUGUUGCUACUUGGGUCUUAUUUUCAUUGUGCUGCCCAUCAUUCUUGCUGGUAAUAAUAACAUUGUACUCACCAAGUCAAUGACUGUUUGUUAACCGUGCUCAACUUAGUAACUGUUGCCUGUCAAGGUGCAGUUACAGUGAUUUACCCCUUGACAUUUAUUGAAACAUGGUGCUGGGUUUUCACCCAACACUUUUGGUAUAGUACCCUUGAAAACACAUGCUUAACCCGUACGUGCAAGUACUUAAACCCUAGAUCUGUUUUGCGUUUAGCACUGCAGACAGUACUUUUUAGUGUAGCUGAGGUUGUUACCAUGGUAAUAGCUGCGUCAACCAUGCAGGAAGCGUGACAUAUGUUUUGUGUAUUACAUUGUUUGUGGAUUGAGCGCUGGGCAAGAUGUGACGGUUUGUUGACCAGUUGAUGGACUGCUGUGUUUCUAGCUACACCUGUAAGUCCCAGGUCAGUAUGCUAAGUACCUCAACAGAAGGUAACGUAAAAAUGGGAUGGAAUGGAGCGAUUCUAUUGGUGCUAUCCAACCAACAACCUUUACCAAUAGAAAUGUGAAAAUAACUGUCCUAAUGCAUUACGAAGUGAACUGAACUGGACUUGAUGGAAACACAGCUGUAGACUGAUACUGUAGCAUCUGUGCCACACAGUGGAUGCGUUCUGAACGGGGCUUUUUCUAUCAUGUCUGUAAACCCACAUAAUAAUGCAGGCGAUAGGCGAUAAAUGCUGUGUGGCAUUUGUCCCUGCUAUAUUCUUGUCCCUAUGAGAAUAGAUAUUUCUUAUAAGUUAUAAUAAGCUAACUCUUGGCCUUAGAACAUAGUGAUUGGUUACUAUGGUGUGUAGGUGCAAGAGAAAAGCAGUGGUGUCCAGUAACCAUCUUUUGUAACUGUUAAUUACAGUUUACAGACUGGUUGAAGUUUGAACUACCAGAGUUAGUCAGUUUUUCUGUGUAAUGAGGAAUUAUUACACCCAUAUUUCAAACGCCCCCGCUUUCAGUUUCACCUUCAAAUAAAGUGGUUUAUGUAAUCUGGAUGAACUUCGGCUUGUUUACAACCUGUGUACAGCCUUCGUUGUGGCAGUGUGGCCGUGUUCCCAGAUCUCAGCUGUUAGUUUGGUGAGUACAGUGUUAUCACAACCAAUUGAAAUGAUGUCCAAAACUAUGAAAAUAAAAGCCAAGUUGUUAUAAACCAGAAUUAUCCUUAAACAACAAAUUACAAAUAACUGAGCUCACUACAAUAAAGCGGGCUGGCCUACAUUCAGAAGACUUUGUAGAGUGACUCCCCCACACAUAGUAAACAAAUCUACUCUUGAGAGAAAUCCUUAUGUUGCCUAAACAUAGAUUUAAUUAUCUGAAGGAGGGCUGCUUGUAUUACAAGAGCAGUGACAUGAUUAUUCAAAUCUGAGUCCAUUUAGACAAGAGACCUGAAUGAGUAAAAGGGGUGAGGGAUUCUGAGAGUCUCACUGAAAACACUUCUAUUUUGUUUAUAUUUAUUCCUCAUAACUACUUACUGCAUUAUGUCGAGGAGCUCUGUGAGGCUGGAUUCAGUGUGAUAACUGCAUCGGUAUUUGUUUACCCGGUGAGUACAAUGUCAGCCAACAGUCUAGUUAUGCAUGCAGUGCCUCUCACCUUCAGGGAAGACGCGAGAGAAGACACCAGCACACACAAUCCUCCAUGAGCCAGAGGAUCUCUUGCCUUUUU